GAGCAGGGGAGGGGGGAGAGGUUAGGGAGAAAGCCGGCAGAGGGGAGGAUGAGGAGCUCUUCCUACAGCACGAAGACCACCUCCGUGAGCAGAUGCAACAAGAGCGGGCUGAGGAUCCAGAGCCCUUCCCCGUCCCGCUACCGGUCCCACUCCAGCGAGUCCCUGGCGGGGGGAAGGGGCCGCUCCAGGGGGCCGGCGGUGGAGAGGAAUGAGAAGGAAGAGAUGCAACAACUGAACGGCAUCUUCGAAGGUUACAUCGACAAGGCGAGGAGCCUGGAGCGGCGCAAAGGGCAGCUGCGGCAGGAGGCGGCGGCGCUGAGGGAGCGCCUCAGAGAGCCCGGGGGGCCGGAGGCAGAGUACCAGCAGCAGCUGAAGGAGCUGAGGGAGUUGGUGGAGGAGCUGGCACACCGGAAAGGGCUGGCUAAGAUCGAGACCGGCAACGUCCAGGAACACAUCAACUGCUGGAGGCUGAAGUGUCAGGAGGAGCUGGAUCUACAGGGUGAAGCCGAGAGGGUCUUGCGGGAAUUCCAGAAGGAUGUUACUGAUGCCAACCUGCGGAAAGCGGAGCUGGAGAGGAAGAUGGAGGAUCUGGCGGGCGAGAUGGGGUUCCUGAAGUUGCUGCAUGAUGAAGAGGUGACCGACCUGACCCGUCAGAUCGAGGAGUCCAAGGUGUCGGCCGAACUCGAGUCGGCCCGCCCGGAUCUGGGAGCGGCCUUGAGGUCCAUCCGGGUGGAGAUGGAAGAGAUUUCCGCCAGGAACCUGAGAGAUACCGAGGCCUGGUACAAGAGCAAGCUGAACAGCCUCCAUCAGCACGCCAGCAGGUUCGACGGACAGAUCCAGACCACCAAGGAGGAGAUCAACAUCCUGCAGCGGGAGACAGAUGAGCUGGAGAGCGAGAUCAACUCCCUCCGAAGCAUCAACCAGUGCCUGGAGGACCAGCUGGAAGACAUGGAGACCAGGCACCUGGGGAAAGCAGCCAACCUUCAACAGGCCAUCUCCCAGUUGGAGUUCCAGCUACGGGAGACCCAGUCCCAGAUGUCCCGGUACCUACAGGAGUACCAGGACCUGCUGCACGUUAAGGUGAAGCUGGACGCUGAGAUUGCGACGUACAGGAAGCUAUUGGAAGCCGAGGAGGACAGACUGGGGCUGAUUCACAAGUCUGAAGCAGGCGCUUCCUCUGUAAUGCGAGAGAAGAGAACAGAAUCCAUCACUCGUAAUGUGGAGAAGCACAUGACGUUCAAAGUGACUGCCUAAGGCGAGACAGAGGACCCACGACUUCACCGUCACACAUACAAUUAUGACUGGGGUCCACCCAGUAUUAAUAUCUCAGUUCGUCAUUACAAUCUUAAAAUGUUAGGUGUUCACACAAUGACAUUUGAGGUUUUUCUUUAACUGUGCUUCACUGAAUGAAGUAGACACGUAAUUAAUGUGUGGUCAUUCCACAUUGUGUCACCUUGAAUUGCGAAUCUAGGGCUUCUUGAUGUAACAUGAAGGUGAUGGUAGUUAGCAGGUCAGCCAGUAACUGCGUCAAUAAAGUAUAACUGUUGUG